AUGAACUCAAGCUCAUUAUCAACUACAGCAUCUUUUACAAAGAUGAAAUAAUUGCUAACAUAAACAUAAUUUGUUGAUGAAAAAAAAGAAUUACUAAAAAUGAAAAGCGAAUGGAGGGGCUUAUAAAAUAAUGAGAUGUUUUAAGAUUUUGUUUUUCUUCGAGAAGCUUCCCAAACGAGAUUGGCAACGGAGAAGAUAGAGAAAGAAAGAAGAAAUAGAAAAGAUAGUAUUUUGCUACCUUUUUUAAAGUAAUAACAAUAAAAAAAAAUGGAACAAGCGAGAAAAUUCACUCUUAUUGGAUCUCUUUCAUAAUUAAACGAUUUCACCCCGUCUGUUACAUUUAUUAACAAAAACCAUUUUGAAGAAAUCUAUUCUAUCCUUUCGGCUUUGAUAAAAUCAGUCUUAAUUGAACAAUUAGAAACCUUAUUGCCUGAUUUAGAAAAACUUGUUAAUGCCUGUAAAUAAUGCGGGAUUGUGAGCUUUUAUUUCAUGGCAAUCUAUUUUUAAACUUAAAUACAAUUUGUGUAUUGUAGAAGAAAAGAGGGUUACAAUAUAUGGAAAAAGUUCUUGAGGACUUGUAAUUUACAAGGGAAGAAGCUUUAAAAAUAUAAGCUAUUGGCUUAUAGGUAAUUAGCAAGGUGUGCCUUAGAUUUAGGAGAUUUGGAUAAAGAAGCUAUUUAUCUUAAGAAAUUGUUAAAAUUAUCAUGGGUUGUUAAAGAUAGAAAUUAUGAAUUGUUAUGCUAUGACAUGAUUGCUAUCAAUUUUUAUUAUAGAGGAGAUGUUAACAGAGCUCAAUUCUUCCAUUCGAAAUUUGUGUAAGGAGAAUUUGAGGCUGCUGAAUCCAAUAUUAGAAUAGCUGGAGUUUCAUCCUAUUUAAACACAUAAAAAUUGAAGGCAUAAUUGAAUGAUUAGGAUUCAUUUAGUAUUGAUGAUAUGGAUUUAGAUGUAAUCAUUUAAAAAGACAAUAUUCUCAAAUGGCAAAAAGGAUUACCAGUAUUUGAUAGCAGACACAUCUCGUAACAUCGAGUACUAAUAAAUUAAUGGAGCUGCAAUCGAGAUUUAACUGUACACCUCAUUAAUCGAGAAAAACAAAAACAUAAAUCAGAGGAAGAAGAUAUAGGAUUUGUUCCACUUAAUCAAAAUAUCAAAAGACUGCUUAAAUUAUUUUAAUUCGAUGUCAAGUAUUUUCUAUAAAAUGGACAUCUUUAUGAUUUCUGA